GGCGAGAUCAACUGGGACUGCCCCUGCCUCGGCGGCAUGGCGACCGGCCCGUGCGGCGAAGAGUUCAAGGCGGCGUUCUCGUGCUUCGUCUACUCCGAGGCCGAGCCCAAGGGCAUCGACUGCGUGGAAAAGUUCAAGGCGAUGCAGGACUGUUUCCGCGAGCACCCGGAUGUGUACGGCGAGGGUGAGUGA